UGUAAAGCUGCAACCAACCAUUUGCCCCGGUAGUUCUGCCUUUGGAUUGGUUCACUCUCAAACUACUUGCUCUUGUAUUGCCCACAGCCUGCGUCAUUCAACUUUUCAGAGCCCUAGCUGGCUGAGGGGUUAGGCUGUGUAUCCGGUUGUUUUUUGGAGCAUGCUAGUCAGCGCUUAACUGGAGAGAGAGGGAGCGGGUGAACAAAUGUAACUAUAAUUAUCUGCUGGUUCAGUCAUAGGAAAAUAAGCCGUUAUUAAGAAAACCCUAUAGAAAUAAAGGUCCGUUUUAAUUUGCUUUGGUGUUUAGAUUUUUAGAAAUAAAACUAUUUUUUUAAAAAGAAUAUGGCGGAUAUUACGUGUGGUAGUGCGGACAAGAGCCUGGACGAUUUCUUUGCCAAGAGGGACAAAAAGAAGAAGAAAGGAAAAGAACAAACGGUAGCCCCAGGACUCAUUACCCAAAAGAAGACAAAAAAGGAGAAAGAGAAAUCGACGAAAAACGAGAACCAGGAUACCCAGCAGGAAAAGGAUGAUGAAGAAUGGAAGGAAUUUGAGCAGAAGGAAGUGGACUACUCUGGACUGAGGGUUCAUGCACUACAGCUAAGUGAUGAAAAGGAGGAAGAGGAGUAUGAAAAGGAAGAAAUGGGUGAAGAUGGGGAAAUGGUCAUGAUCAGUGGUGGAGACAAAAUUUCAGGCCCUUGGAAUAAGUCUGCCCCAACACCUACUGCAGCUGCACCUGUCGAAGUUGAAGUUCCAGAGCCAAAGCCUUCAGGUGUGUACAGACCUCCUGGAGCCAGACUGACCACAACGAAGAGAGGGCCUGCACAAGGACCUCCUGAAAUCUUCAGCGACACCCAGUUCCCAUCUCUACAAUCAACCUCCAAGCAUGUAGAAACCAAAAAAGACCGGGAAAUGGAGAAGACAUUUGAGACGGUGAAACACAAAAACAGAGCUAGAGAAGAAGGGGGAGGGAAAGGCCCAUCUCAACAACUGCAGCUUGACAACCAGUACGCUGUUCUAGAAGACAAGUAACUUAGUGUGCACAACUGUUCUUUCCGGAAUGCUGGUACCCAUCUAAUCACCUAUGGUAACUAAACUACAGCUUUGGAUUACAUCUGCCUGUGCAGAACUGGGCCAAAAUGAAUACACUCAGCUGGGAAAGACACAGACCAACCAUAAGGGCCAUCAUGAAAGUGUUAGCUUUAAAGCACUGGAACAUUGAGGAUUUUUUUUUUUUUUUUGGGGGGGGGGGGGCUACUAUGGAUCAUAUUUGUAAAGAAGGUGGUAGCAGCUAACAUGUUUUUACUGUCGCUAUAAAAUGCCAAGUAAAAAAAACAACAAGGAGUUUUAAAAACUACUAUUUUUUGUAAUGUUUCGCAGCCAAUUGGUGGACAUUUUCAUGGCAGUUUUGUUGUGGGAGUUUGGGUCUUAAAGGGUCACUACCUCAGGUGUACGCUGUGCACUAAUGGAUACUGUAUUGACCACAUCUUGUUUGGAACCUCAAGAUUGUAAUUGCUUCACAAGGAGGAUGCUGAAGUGAAACUUAAAGCUGAAGACAUUCUGCCGAAGAAUGGAACGAUGUGAAAAACGGUCAGCCAUAAAGGUUAUGAUCUGCUUACAAGGAAAACAGUUUUUAAGUGGCCUUACUGUAAAAUACAAUUCUGUGCAUUGUCCUCAGAGGAUAAUAUUGCUUUUUAUUUUAUAGGCUGCAAUUGACUGCUUGGAGCACACCACUUUUAAAAAUGGGGGGGAAAAAGAAAGGAAAGAGCUUUCUUUUUAUCCCUUAUGAAAGGAAGUAGUACAGAGCUGUAGUUUUGAUUCAUCUACAGAAUAUAAAUGUAACCAGUGUUACUUUUUGUUCAAUCGGUAAAGCAUUGAGGUUAAGAGUAAAAAAAGGUGCACUCGAAUUUAACAUUUUCACAAGUGCCUACUGGGGCUGUCUCCUGCUAUUUUUCUCCCAAUUAUAAUCGGGUUUAGGUACACCAUAUAGAUCAGAUGUGUUCAAAACAGGUUGUUAGCCUGAAUUUUGAUGACCAUAUCUUUUUUUUUUUUUUUUUUUAAAUUCCUGCAUUGUUGUUUUUGUAAGCACAUCCUAAACGAUUCUGCGUGUUUUAUAAUUGUAGUUUUGCUGAAGAGCAGUUAAAAAAAGCAAUCUGGGGCAUACUUUGGGUAAGGUCCUUCAACUUAUUUUGCUGUGCCUUAUGGUGAAACAUUGAGGCUAAAACCUUACUUUGUGUGCCUUUUUACGGUUUUAUUUAACAAUUCAUGUUUGGUAAAACAAAACUCUUUUGAGUGGUGGUUUAAUGUUUAUUAAAUUGCCAUGCAGAACACAAUUAUAAACAUGCUGUCUCAUCAGCCUGUAGAGGCUAGUUGUUUAUCAAAAUUCAGUUGUUACUAUAUUUUUUUGCAGCCUGGCUGAAGACCUUUUGUUACAUUGAAAUACAAAACUUUACUGGAGGGCAAUAGGGUUAUGACUUCAUACUUGAUUGAUUUUAAUGUGACACCCCUUUUUUUUUGCUGGCACUAUUUGUUUUAAGAGUACUUGCAGGUGGGUGGCGACUAAUUGCACAGAAGUAGAUACCUAAACCCUUUAUAUGACUAGUAUAUUUUGCUUGGGGAAAAUGUUACCCCCCCCCCCCCGCCCCCAAAGAAAAAAAUCAAAAUAUAUGUAUGUAUGUGUGUGUGUGUGUGUGUGUGUGUGUAUAUAUAUAUAUAUAUAUAUAUAUAUAUAUAUAUAUAUAUAUAUAUAUAUAUAUAUAUAUAUAUAUAUAUAUAUAUAUAUAUGAAUAGAACCUUUGUUCCAGAUCCAUACAUUAUUGGGGGGGUGGGGGGGGGGUCUUGAGCAAGUAAGGGCAAAAUUUGAGAAAGCUCCUUUUAAUCUUUACUAGUUGGUGAAUUAACAUUCGAGUAAGAACCAGUAUAUAUAUUUUUGUAUCCAGUAGAAUAUUCUUUGUUGCCAAUAGAAAAUAUAUAUAAUAUACUGAUUUAGGCCGAUUUGAGGAUACACUGCUGUGAAUUUGUUUUUAGGAUGGAUGGAUCUUUGGUUCAGCAUUAACAUCGGGCCUUAAGUUUAAUCUUCACUGCAAUACCAGUUCAUUCUUCCCUGCAACUAAACCUUUCAGAUGUUACAAAAUGAUUUUACCCUAUGUACUGUGCAGAAGAUACUGUCCAUUCAUUUGAUUUUCUGGGACAUGUGUUGUGGCAAUGUCAGAGCAGCUGUAGAAAUAAAUAUUUCAAUAAAUCUGCAAUACUUCAGCAGUUUUUACUUGA